AUGGCAGCCGGGCCUCCGGUGCCGCCGCUAGAGAUCUAUUUAGACAGUCCAGAGGUCGUCUUGCGCACGAGGGGCCAAGAUGAUCCCGAGCCUGCGAUCUUGUCUGGCGAAGUGCGUAUGCACCUUCAGGGCCAUCGCAAUGAGAUCAAGGACAUCAACUUGACCUUCUCCGGCAGGUGUCGAGUCUCGGUGCAGACGAGCAAAGCGAACACGGCAGAUCACUCGCUCUUCUUUCACGAUUGCCGCUUUUUGCCUGCUACCUCGCAUACGCAUACACUGUCGACCAGCUCACAUGCGUUUCCAUUCUCGCUCCAGCUGCCGCCAGACUUGCCGCCCUCACUGAGGGCAUGGUCAGGUCAGGCGAUAUCAUCCUACCAGCUCAGGGCAGUCGUCACUCGACCCGGACUCACCACGCCCAAUUGGACCAUCAAGCGCAACGUCACCGUCUCGCGAGGAUUGGUGGCAGAUGCGCCAGAGUACACCCAAACGCUCGAGGUCGAUAGUCUCUGGCCAGGCAAGGUCGACUACAAAUUUGUCCUGCCCCACAAAGCCUAUGCUGCAGGUGCAGAGAUCCCAGUGAGUAUCAAGAUUACACACCUGCAGAAGAACGUCAAGGUCACCUCCAUGGUCACGAGUAUCUUUCAGACGAUUACCGUCUUUUCGCGCAACAACCAAGUGACAGAUUCAAAGGACAUUGCGACGUAUCGCCAGACCUUCAACGGCUAUAUGCAACAAGACCCCCCAAGUGGGCAGAGAUCUGGCCCACCAUCGGGUCCAGCAUCGGCCACGCCUUCAAGACGAGGCUCACUCGAUUUCUCAGGCUUCCAUCUCGGGUCUUCAGGUGCGCUCAGCAGAAGAGGCUCGCGCGAAAAUGGGCUCGGCCCGAGUCAUUCGCCGUUCGCUCAAAUGGCCGCAGCUCAAUGCUAUGGGGCCACAGCCGUACCAACGCGAACGCGUCGCUCGCUUUCUUUUGGAUCCUUGUCCGGUUCGAGAUCGUCACCCGUCUUGCCGUCACCGGGUCGACAGUUCUCCAGUCCAGCUCAGAGUUUCGCAGGUCCAUCGAGUCAACCAAACGGUCGCGAUUCUCGCAACGGAAGAAGCAGUGCAGGAAGCAGAAGUGAUGAUCUCCAUAGUUUAGAAGAGGACAUACAACAGUCUCAAGACAUCGACGUCAUCUCCAACAUCAAGAUACCCGACUCUGCAACGCCGUCCUGUCCGCUUUGGCCUGUGCAUGUCUCCUACAAGAUCAAAUGGAGCGUAUACAUCAAGAAUCCCGAUGGCCACACCUCAGAGCUACGCGUUGCGCUGCCUCUUCUGAUUCUCUCGAAUACGCUGCGGCAGGAGGCAGAACUAGCUUCUUCCGGCACGCGCACAUUGCUUUUCGGCCCAUCGGGCGCCAUGCUGCCAGAAUCGGCGGAUACAGAAGCAGGCCAGCUACCUUCGUAUCAGAACCACAUUCAGGAUCGCAUCGCUAGCGCCGAGACGCCGUCCUACUUCCCUCAGGGCGCGGCGUAUAUACCCACAGCCUGGUCCUCUGCCGCUCCUAGCCCUCUUGCGACCCCGGUGACAAGUCCGCCGAUCAGUCGGGCGACGACGCCCAAUCACGGCUCGCAGAGAUCCCCAAAUGAAAUGCCUGCGCCGCCCUUGCCGGGAGCCAGCACGAGUAGCGGGCUGCCUACUGCGAGCGUAGCACAUCCGCACGAUGACGCGACAGCGGUCAACUUUCGUAAAGUCAAUUGGGCAAAUGAUAUGGAGUUGCGCUCCUCUCUGACAGACGGCCGACCGCAGCCUGUGCGGUCUAGCAGCUCUUCCCGCAGUCAUACACCUGCUCAUACUCCACCCGUCAGUCAGCCCAAUUCGAGACCCAGCUCAAGACCGAACUCGCGUCCAAAUUCUAGACCUUCCAGUCCCGUGCUCGGCUCUAGAUCCGUCAGCUCGAGAUCGAGCAGUCGCCCUUCCAGCCCCACAGGACGUCACCAUAUCUCACCACUUGGCAGCCAGCCAGCCUCGGCGACCACAUCGCCUACUCUUGCGCCUGUUGCAAUGGCUGAGCCCGUGCCGCGCAGUGCUGCCUCAAGCUUACUGCAUUUCCCUCGACCCUUCAAAGGUCUGACGCCAAUGACGACCCCAGGCACCUCGCCCGUACAGUCGCAUAUGCACGUGCCGCCUGUCGCAAGACGAUCUACAGACGCGCUCAAUAACCUCGUGCAUGGCCGCAAUCCUUUGAGGAGUCACUCUGGUGGGUCAUCCGCUCAUCCUUCGGCUUCGGGCGCGAGUCCUGCGGCGCACCAUUCUGGUUCGAAUACUGGCGGUAGUGGGAGUCGAGAGCACUCGAAUUUGCACUCCCAGCAUAGCCUCUCGCCAGAUCAGCCCGGAUCGAGAUCGCCAGGUCUUCAGCGCUCCGAGACUGUGCACGCUCAUGUAGCUCUCCCGCUCGUCAACCAAGCGCUACAAGACUACGUCAGUACUUCUGACGAGGAAGAGCAAGAGUCGCGUCAACUGCUUUCCCAAGUUCCUUCGUACGAUGUUGCUUCGAAAGGCUUUCUUGGCGGCGUAGUGCCGCUCGAGUCCAAUCCACCCGAUUAUCAAGCCGGUCCCUCAGCAAACCAAUAG